AAAUAUUUUUUUCUUAAUGUUUCUUUCAUUAUCGACCGAAUUAGUGAAAUAAUUUAUCUUAAUAAUUUUUUUUUAUUUUUUUUUAACUAUUAUCCGUUUAGAAACUAUAAUAUGAUAACAUUGGUUCGACAUCACGACUAUCAAAAAUUUAUAACAUGAAAAUAAAUAAAUAAUUGUAAUUUUUAGUUAUCACCAGAAAAACCAAAACAUUAAACAUGUAAUGUUUGGUUCGACAUCACGACUAUCUAACAUUUAUAACAUGAAAACAAACAAAUAAUAGUAAUUUUGGUUAUCACCAUAAAAACCAAAAACAUCAAACAUUUUAACCGAAUAAACCAAAAUAAUUAUUGAUUUAGAAUGAUAGUUAUACUUUAGAUGAUUAAAAACCAUAAUAAACAACCUAAAACCAAACCGAUAUCUAAGCUAACCAGAUUUAAUAUAUCCUUAUUAAAAAAUAACAAAUCUAAUAAUCAUAUUUCGCGUUUAUUAUCUGACCAUGACUCGAAACUUGUACGCUUGCAGAUUAAAAAAGGGUAAUGUUCAAUUCUCAAGUGUUAAGCCCAUUGGGCUUUAAACAUCGUAUGAGCCCUGAGUGUGAUGCGGGUGCCAGUUGAAAGUGGAAGUCAACAAUGAACUACUACGAAAAAGGAAACUGAGCAUCUUCUCCACUGCUCGAUGGUGAUGGAACCAACACUCUAAAACUCUUCGUUGCAUUAGAAGAGGCUAAACAUGAAUGUUACAUAUUUGACAAUUAAGAGGCAUUAUCCUCUUUUUAUCUUCAUGAUAUAUUAUGUAUGGAGCUGAACGCACUGCUUAGAUAUUAUAGGCUAAAUUCAUACAAGUCAAAGUCAUGUAAUUUUGCAGCAACAAAAUAAAAAUGGUUAAAUCUUAACUUAUCUUUUGUUUGUUUUUACCUUUUCCAUUAUAUACUUUUGGUUUGCGUUCUUCUUCUAUGGUGCCCAAUUCACACGGGUCAAGGUCUUCGUUGAUGUACUAUGACACCACGGUUGCUUUCAUUAUUGAUUUCUUGAGCAGUUGAAGGAAAGCACAAUAGAAAGCACUAGAUUCUUUGUGUGAGAGAGGUGUACAUGAACCUGACAAGAGCUUCUGAUUCGUGGGAGAAAGAAAGAAUGAAUUGUGAUCUGAAACAUUUCUUUUUUGCAUUUUUCCUGUUUAAAAUCUAUGGAUACAUAGUUGCUUCUGCUUUCCAUCAUGAAUUCCCUGUUGCAUUACCUAAUUGCAUAGACCAGUGCAAUCGUGCUGGUGUUCGUGUUCCUUACCCUUUUGGGAUAGGCAAAGGUUGUUACAAGAGCAAAUGGUUCGAGGUUGUCUGCAACCACUCAUUACACCUCUCUUUUCCUUUCCUGCCAAGCAUCGGACUGGACGUUAUUUCUUUUUCCCUUACAGAUGACUUUAUCUAUGAGGACCGUUCUCACAAGAGCAACGGGUUUCAAAUUCAGAGUCCAAGGAAGACUUCAGGCUGUUCAUAUGGAAAAAAAGAUGUCCAAUCUUUGAAUCUAACGGGGAGUCCAUUCUUCAUAUCAGACAAUAACAAGUUCACAGCUGUUGGAUGUAACAUCAAAGCGAUGAUGGUAGGAACAGGGCCUCAAAUUGUUGGAUGUGAAGCGAGAUGUGGGAAAGAGACUCGGUAUUACAAAGAUGCUGACAAGAGCUGCGUCGGAUAUAAGUGCUGCCAGACCAAAAUUCCUCCGGGUCUUCAAGUGUAUGAUUCAACUGUGGAGAAACUGGAACCUGGUAAAAACGUAUGUCAGGAGGCCUACUUAUCACGAGAGGACUUCUCUACGUACACGCUCACCUCACCUGAUCUAACAGAGAAUGUUAUAGUGACCAUGGAUCUGGAAUGGCGUCUUGAAGUUCCCCCCAACAUCGUUCCAAAGAGUUCACAUUGCGAGAUAAGUACAAGUGUAAUUCGCACGGAUGAUCAGUAUAAGUAUCAAUGCAGGUGCAGAUCUGGUUAUGAAGGAAAUCCUUAUUUACCUGGUGGAUGUCAAGACAUUGAUGAGUGCAGAACUAUAUAUGGGGUGUGUGGAAAGAACAAGUGUGUGAAUGUGGCUGGAUCAUUCAGAUGUGAAAAAACGUGGCCUGCUAUUCUAGGUGGAACUCUAAGCUCUGGAUUGUUUCUUAUAGCUGUUGGAACGUGGUGGGUAUGCAAGGUUAAUAAAAAGCAGAAAGCAGCCAAGCAGAAGAGGAAGUUCUUCAAAAGAAAUGGAGGUUUGUUAUUAGAGCAGCAAAUGUUCUCCCUCCACGGAAAUGUCAACAAAACCAAACUGUUGAGCUCCAAUGACCUGGAGAAGGCAACGGACAGAUUCAACGCGAGCAGAAUACUAGGGCAAGGCGGCCAAGGUACAGUUUACAAGGGAAUGUUGGAAGAUGGGAUGAUCGUCGCUGUCAAAAAGUCCAAAGCAUUGAAAGAAGAGAAUCUUGAAGAGUUCAUCAAUGAGAUCAUCCUUCUAUCGCAGAUUAACCACAGAAAUGUUGUUGGGAUCUUAGGAUGUUGUCUUGAGACGGAGGUGCCUAUUUUGGUGUAUGAGUUCAUUCCUAACAGAAGCCUUUUCGAUCAUAUACAAAACCCAUCAGAAGAUUUCCCAAUGACUUGGAAAGUACGCCUCUGCAUCGCCUGCGAAGUAGCUGAUGCACUAUCCUACCUGCAUUCAGCAGCCUCGGUUCCGAUUUAUCACAGAGAUGUCAAGUCAACAAAUAUCUUGUUGGAUGAGAAGCACCGCGCAAAAGUAUCAGAUUUUGGGAUUUCAAGAUCCGUUGCUAUGGAUGAUACUCACCUGACCACAGUAGUGCAAGGAACAGUUGGAUAUGUAGACCCAGAGUACCUCCAGUCAAGCCACUUCACAGGGAAGAGUGACGUCUACAGCUUUGGAGUUGUGCUCAUUGAGCUCUUAACUGGAGGAAAACCCGUCUCCAUUCUGAGGCCACAAGAAGUAAGGAUGUUGGGAGCUUACUUCCUCGAAGCCAUGAGGAAUGACAGACUUCAUGAGAUUAUCGAUGCUCGCAUCAAGGAGGAAUGUGACCAAGAGGAAGUCCUUGAAGUAGCCAAACUUGCAAGAAGGUGUUUGAGCUUGAACUCAGAACAUCGGCCUACCAUGAGAGACGUCUUUAUCAAACUGGAUAGGUUGCAGUCCAAGAAACAAGGCGCUCAAAACCAAGCAGAAAAUUGCGAAGAGCACACACACAUCCAGAUCGCAAUACCCGAGUCUAUGUCUCUCAGUUACUAUUCUCCGUAUACAGUCGUGGAAAACAGCUCAUUCUCACCGGAUUCAAAACCUUUCAUGAUUCACAAGACACUGUGACUGGAAAAGCAAAACCACUUAUAAUACUUCAAUAAACUAAUGAUAUACAAUCAAACCUUCAAGGUCUUAUUACUUGUGUGAACUAUUUGUAUAACUCUUUCAUUUUAUCUUUUACGUGUUUCGUA